UGCACGGAGGAGCUGCUGUGCUGAGAUUGGGGGUGUCCCCUGGAGUGUUUUCUUGUUUGUCUUCUGUUUUAUACCUAGCUGUAAAGUCACCCAUGUUAGAAAGUCACCCAUGCUGUCGCUAACCAUUGGUUUUAUUACGGUAGAUAUAGUUAGGGUAGUUGUUUUUAUGCGCUCGAGCUAUUGUUAUUCAGUGGUUGUUUUUUUACAUCAAAAGUUUGACCUUUUUAUUAUUUUAGAAUAAAACAUUAGAUAUGCUUAUUUAAGUCGUCGAUGUUAGAUUUAUCCGUUCGCUAUGUUCUUGACAGAUAACCAGGUCAGCCUCAGUGUUUUCACGUCUGUAACGGACUCAAGUGAUGAACCGAUUCGAGCUGCGGUUCCUCCGUCAGUGGAGCUCGGACUCACCAUUGUGUAUACCAUCCUAUAUUCGCUGCUUUUCGUGUUUGUUUACUUGCAACUUUGGCUCAUUUUGCGUUAUGGACACAAGCGCUUCAGUUACCAGAGUGUCUUUCUUUUUCUCUGUUUGCUGUGGUCAGCGCUAAGGACUACAUUAUUUUCAUUCUACUUCAAGAACGUUGUCCAAGCGAACCAAUUGGAGCAUUUGCCUUACUGGCUUUUGUACUGUUUUCCAGUAUGCCUCCAAUUUUUCACUCUGUGUCUGCUCAAUCUUUAUUUUGCACAGAUAAUGUUUAAAGCCAAUGCGAAAUAUUCUCCGGAGCUUAACAAAUACAAGGUGCCCAUUCGCCUGGCGUUCAUCUUUUCCAGCCUUUUUUUCCUCGUGGUGAACCUAACAUGCGCCAUGCUGGUGCAGGGUGGCAUUGGGGGCAACGUGGGCGAGGCAGAGGUGAGGCAGGUGGUGCUGGCCCGGGUGCUGGUCAAUGACAGUCUCUUCGUACUCUGCGCCGUCUCGCUGGCCGUGUGCAUCUUCAAGAUCGCCAAGAUGUCCUCUGCCAAUGUCUACCUCGAGUCCAAGGGUACGUCAGUGUGCCAGGCUACAGCCAUCGGUGCUGCAGUCAUCCUGCUGUACAUGUCCAGGGCCUGCUAUAACCUGGUGGUGGUGGCUCUUUCUCCAGAGGACCGGCCCAGCCCCUUCAACUACAGCUGGUACAACGUCUCUGACCAGGCAGAUGUAGAGAAGAUCAGGGGAGAGGCCUACAUCAUCUUUGGGAUCGUCCUCUUUUUCUGGGAGCUGCUGCCCACCAGUCUGGUCGUGGUCUUCUUCAGGGUACAGAGGCCCAAUCAGAACCUACACCGACAUCAACACAGCACCCCCAAGCUGCCAUUCCCAGGAGCAGAGAUGGCACCAGCCAUCCAGAAAGGCCAAGAAAAAUACUAGACCUGUAAGAAUAGAUCCUGAACUCAAGCACUGACCCUGCCAGUGAAGGAGAGAUUUAAGACUGAUAGCCAGAGCCCCUCUCUUCAGCAACUUCCAGAAGAGGCUGUGAUUCAGAAGUUACAGGUUACUGUACUCCAUUUAGUUUGACAUCCAACACAGGGAUACUUGACCCAUUUAACACAGUUCUUGGAGAUGCAUAAUGGCUACGGUGCAUAAAGGUGUGGCUUGCAUGAUUAUUCACCUCUACUGUUUCUGUCAUGACACCUCCACACCUGUACCACAGUCUAAUGCAGACCAGCGGCUAUUCAAUAAGACAAGACUUAGCAGGCCCAUUGCACUGUGGUUCAGGUGUGGAGUGGCCAGACACAACAAUAGUAAUAAUAAUAAUUGAUUGAAUUUAUAUUGUGCCUUUCUACUAACUGAGGUACUCAAAGCGCUUUAAAUAGUAAGGGGGACACUCACCUCAUACACUACCAAAGUGUACCACCCACCUGGGCAAUGCACAGCAACCAUUUUGGGCCAGAAUGCUCACCACACAUCAACUAUCAGGUGGAGAGAUGAGGAGUGGUAUUUGCCAAUUAGGGAUGUGAGGGAUAAUUAGGUGGCCAUGAUUUGAAAUUGGGGCAAGUUGGGAAUUUAGCUUGGACACAGUAGAGCUGUGUAGUAGAUCAUGCAAGCCACACCUUUAUGUACCAUGGACAUGUGGUGUCCUUAAAAAAAAAUGGUGUUCAAAAGGAGCAGAUUCAAAACGACAUCAUUGGCCAGGCAAGAAACAGGCUUUGGUUUCAGAACAAGAAAGGAGGGAUAUCAACGAGCUUAGCCAAGAGAUGUGCAGGAAAGAAGAAGAGUGCAGGGUUAAUCAGGAGCAUCAUUUACAUCAGGACAUCCCGGUUAAAGAGUGUGCCAGCAAUCAAGUAUGGAGUGGAGCAUGAGACAGUAGAGAAGUAUGUUAGACAGAAACAAGAGGAAGGAGCUGCAAUAAGGGUGUACUAUGAGUGCGGCUUGUUUGUUGAUCUAGCAGCCAGUCCCGCAGAGACCUGUCCCCAGUGCAGGCAGUUCAGGUCAAUGGCCGUAAGCAGUCAUUUCCUCUGCAUGAAGUCGAUACCAUUGUUUGCAUGAAACAAAACCACUACACAUCCUACUACUAUGAAGUACAGAUGCAGAUAGCAGUAACCCAGAGAAGGUGGUGUGAGUUUGUAGUGUUCACAAAUUUUUUGAGGAUAUGCUCGUGGUCAGGGUGAUGCUUUAUCCCAUCUUCUGGGGGAAACGGAACGAGAAACUUUUAAACUUCCACAGUGAGUACAAUUGUAGGCAAAAUGCCAACCUGAAUGCAUUCGGCAGUGAUGAUUAGAAUUAGUUUACCGUCCAAGUACU